CUCAGACUGGCGCUAAAAGUUUUGAGCUGCUCUAAAGUCCAGAGCCACCAUCCUCACGGCUGGUGGCUGCUGGGCUCUGGGGGUACCAGGCGUCCGGGCUCGGAGCGUGCCUCCCAGGACCGUGACACGCUCCCCUGAGAACUGGCAGCCUUCUUAGCUGCUGCCAUGGAAGAGCCACAGUCGGAUCUCAGCAUCGAGCCUCCACUGAGUCAGGAGACAUUUUCAGACUUAUGGAAACUACUUCCUGAAAACAACGUUCUGUCCAGCUCACUGUCCUCUCCCAUGGAUGAUCUGCUGCUGUCCCCAGAAGAUGUUGUAAACUGGCUGGGAGGAAACCCAGAUGAAGAUGUCCAAGUGUCAGCAGCUCCUGUACCAGAGCCCCCAACACCAGUGGCCCCUGCCCCGGCAGCUCCCGCACCAGCCACUUCCUGGCCUCUGUCAUCCUCCGUCCCUUCCCAUAAGACCUACCAAGGCAACUAUGGUUUCCAUCUGGGCUUCCUUCAGUCUGGGACGGCCAAAUCUGUCACAUGCACGUACUCCCCUGUUCUCAACAAGUUAUUCUGCCAACUGGCAAAGACCUGCCCUGUGCAAGUGUGGGUCGAAUCACCACCCCCACCUGGCACCCGAGUCCGUGCCAUGGCCAUCUACAAGAAGUCACAGCACAUGACAGAAGUUGUGAGGCGCUGCCCCCACCAUGAGCGCUGCUCCGAUAGUGAUGGCCUGGCCCCUCCUCAGCAUCUUAUCCGGGUGGAAGGAAAUCUGCGUGCAGAAUAUUUGGAUGACAGAACCACUUUUCGCCAUAGCGUGGUGGUACCCUAUGAUCUGCCUGAGGUUGGCUCUGACUGUACCACCAUCCACUACAACUAUAUGUGCAACAGUUCUUGCAUGGGGGGCAUGAACCGUAGGCCCAUCCUCACCAUUAUCACACUGGAAGACUCCAGUGGGAACCUGCUGGGGCGGAACAGCUUUGAGGUGCGUGUUUGUGCCUGUCCUGGGAGAGACCGGCGCACAGAGGAAGAAAAUUUCCACAAGAAAGGGGGGUCAUGCCCAGAGCCAACACCAGGAAGCAUUAAGCGAGCACUGCCCACUGGCACCAACUCUUCUCCUCAGCCAAAGAAGAAACCACUGGAUGGGGAAUAUUUCACCCUUAAGAUCCGUGGGCGUGAACGCUUUGAGAUGUUCCGAGAGCUAAAUGAGGCCUUGGAACUCAAGGAUGCCCAAACUGAGAAGGAGCCAGGGGAGAGCAGGCCUCACUCAAGCUACCUGAAGUCUAAGAAGGGGCAGUCUACCUCCUGUCAUAAAAAACUAAUGUUCAAGAAAGAAGGACCUGAUUCAGACUGACAUCUUCUGCCUCUUGUCCCCCAUCAAUGACAUAGCCCGACCCCCACCCCAUUCCUUCCCUGAUAUUUGGAACUCUGGGGCUAGAAUCCCUUCCUGGUGUAGGUGUGCCUCAGAAAUGCCCAGGAGUUCUGCCAUUUGCCUUGCCUGGAUGCCUCUCAAGAAGUUGGCCUGUACUGGUGUUUCGGGAAGGCUGGUGGGAGCUAGGAUGUACCAGCUGAGGUUUUAACUGAGGAGAGUUGGGAGAGGGAAGAAAAUGUUCUUACAUAUACAAUCAGAGUUUACAACCAGCCAUAUGCCUGGCUGGAAGCCGAGUUCAACUGAGCUAAUCAGGGAAGCUAUGGCAGGUCAUUUAAUUUCUCCUAACUUGAAUACCCAUAUCUAUGAAAUGCUAAUCAUCAUAGCUACCUCCCAAGAUUUGUUGUGAGGGCUGAUAAAAAAAUAUGUCUGACCAUAAUGUAAUAAUCUUAUUACAUGGGGGCUGGGUCCAUAGUUUCCAAGGUUAGGCUGCUGGUUACGGGGAAGGGACUGCUGAGGCUCUGCUGGCCCUGCCAAAUACUCUCCAACCUCUUGCUGAACCUUGGCACCUGAAAGGAAAUCUCACCCUAUCUCACACCCUGGAGGAUUCCAUCUCUAGCUUCCAGAGGCUCUGUAUCUACCAUUUUACUUCCCCUACAUGCUCAGGGUCAAUGUUUUUUGUACUCUGCAAGGCACAUCUAUACUUGUCACCCUCACUCUUCCCUUUUUAUAUUCCCUUUUUAUAUCAGUUUCUUAUUUUACAAUAAAACUUUGCUUUCA